UCUUACGUCGGCCACCGCCAUCCUCUACACUUCCUAUCGUCUUAAUAGGUUCGUCUUCUCUGCGAGCACGUCAACGACCACGUUCCACACCUCAUUCUGUUCCGUGUCCGAUCUCCGCAUGAAUACGCAGCUUACUGCUUUCUCCCACUCUCUUUGACGUCUGCCUGAACUUGCGAUUAAAUUGUUCGCAGCGGCGCCUUUGUCCCUCACCACCUGAUUCCUCUUUACCACUUCAGUCCGCUCUACCCACCUGUCAUCCUUCAGCGCCGACCAACAUGAGAGCUCUCGCCGUCCUCUCGGCGGCUGCCGCUGCUUCGGCCUUCGUAAUCCCAGACCAGCAGACGCUAGAAUCUCUGGCCAUCAAUGAAAAACAAUCCAAAGAACCCGAACACCCCUUCUGGGAUUCGGUUCAACACAAGGCCGAGAACUUUUGGGAGGAUCUGGAAGAAGAGUUCACAAAAGCGUCCAAAUGUUCACAUCAUAUGCUUACCGACAUUUCGGAGUCUCUCCAUGAUUCCGCCGUCAAAUACAGCGAAGACUUCCAAAACGCUUUCGCUGGAGAUGAAUGGCUAAAGACAGCCGAUUACGAUCUCGACUUGGUCCAGGAUGGCCCUCCUCACCAUGGGCCACCCCAUCACGGCCCUCCUGGACAUGGCCCUCCAGGUCGAAAGCCACCAGGCAAGGGCAAGAAGCCUCAUCACCCUCCUCAUCACGGUCCGCCGAAUGCCACCAUCUAUGAGCUUAUCUCCAAGAGCAAGUAUACCACCAAGUUGGCAGCGGCUAUCAACGAAUUUCCAGAUCUUGUUGACCUACUCAACGGCACAAAGGCAAACUAUACCUUGUUCGCCCCCACCGAUCGAGCUUUUGAGAAGAUUCCCAAACAUGCACCUAAGCCACCAAAAGAGUUCUUGAAGAAGCUUCUUACAUACCACGUUUCGUCCGAAUUCUAUCCUGCGGGCCGGGUGCUUGUAUCGAGGACAAUUCCCACCGAGCUUGAAGCAGAGGCUAUUGGCAAAGUCCCCCAACGUAUCUCAACCAGCAUUGGCCUCUCUGGCUUGCACCUCAACUUCUACUCCCGUGUUGUCGCCAUUGAUAUCUUUGGCACCAACGGUGUCAUCCACGGCAUUGACAGCAUCUUACUCCCACCCCCCAAAGCUGUUGAUAUCCUGUCUGCCCUCCCGGGCGAGUUCAGCACACUUGAUCUUGCACUCUCCAAAACGGGACUUUAUGCCGCUUAUAAUGACACCUCAAGCCACCAAGGCGGCACCAUCUUUGCUCCUUCGAACUUUGCAUUCCAACGCCUGGGUCCCAAAAUCAAUGCUUUCUUGUUCAGCAGAUUUGGGCUCAGGUACCUCAGGGCUUUGAUCCUCUAUCAUACAGCUGAUAACAUCACCCUCUACUCUGAUGCAAUCUACAAGGCUGAUUCUGCUGCGUCUCCACCCCACCACAAGGUGCCCAAAGGGCUAAUUCAUGUUGAUCUCCCCACAGCCCUCCACGGCAAGAGCCUCAGCAUCGAUAUUGCCCGUUAUGGCCGUCUGAUCACCGUCAAGAUCAACGGCUUUACCCGGGUUAGUGUGCUUGAUGGUGUUGCUGCCGACGGCGUCAUUCACGUCCUGUCAAAUGUCCUCAUUCCUCCCAAGACUCCAGGUGCGCAGAGUGCAUCAGACGACUCAUUGACACUCGAAGAAUUCAAAGACAGACUAGCUCCUUUUGUAGAGGAGCUCGAGACCCCGGAAGAAGAAAGCUUUGAAUGGAUUGAGGAUGAUGCCGAGCUUUGAAGGGACACAAGACAAACAGGAGACAGGUUUUGUUGGAACAUAUAAUUGCCCCAACGGCAACCGGGUAAGGCCUAUGAGCCUUGCAUGUAUUGCACAUGAAGAUGCAAUUACGACUCACGAUCAUUACUUCACCUUGAUGGGCGGAUGGCUGGUGGAGUUUGGGGCUUUUUUGGUAUAAUCAAAGAUACAAGUCAAUACAAUGGCUAUGGAUGCAACAUAACUUCGCUCCUCGAGUACCUGUUGUUACCUUCCUGUGAUCAUGAAUCCUGGUUCACUCCCCAAUGCCUAACCAAAAAUCAAUAGUGGGUGGCCGUAAGCUUUUCCGUCACACUAUUAUCAUCAACGUCGACGCCAUCCACAAACCAACGUCCUUCGAUGCCUUUGGCAGGGACGGCGAUACCGUCUCCAUCUUGGCCGAGCAGAAUUUCGUUGGCGCUCAUGUGCCUCUUCUCCAUCUUCCCGGUUUCAUGGUCAAAGGUCCAGUCUUCGAGCCCAUAGCACCGCUUCCAUUUCAUGCUGUCGUGUCGGUCUUGAUAUUCGUACCAGAAUUGAACGGCGAUCCUGUUAGCAGUGAAUGCAAACAAUUCCUUCCGAAGCCGGUAAUUGGCCUCCUUCUCCCACUUUUGGCGUAGCAGGUCGACAAUUUCAUCAGUGCCUCGAAUGAAUGAUGUCCGAUUUCUCCAUAUACAAUUUGGGGUGUAGCCGUUCGACACCGUGACCGGAUUUUGUGUGUUCCACAUGGCUUGAGCAAACUUGACUUUUGCUCGCGCACUUUCGAGGGUGAAUGGGGGUUUGAUGGAAGCCAUAAUGAGGCACGAUUGUGAGGAUGAGUGACUAGACAGAUACUGUCAGAUAUUUGGAAGAUGGACAAGUGUUUCACUCAAUCACUAGCAAAGGAGAAUGCUGUUGAGAUUUAUCAAGUGAAGAGAAUUGUGGCAUC